AUGAAGUACGUCCUGGUCUCGGGUGGUGUCAUUUCCGGCAUCGGAAAGGGUAUUACUGCCUCUUCCACCGGGUUGUUGCUGAAGAGUCUGGGCUUGAAGAUAUACCCAUAUAUCAAUAUCGAUGCUGGGUUGAUGAACCCUACCGAACAUGGCGAGUGCUUCGUACUCGACGAUGGCGGUGAAGUCGACUUGGAUCUGGGAAACUACGAACGAUACCUCAACAUCACCUUGACCCGAGAGAAUAGCAUCACCACAGGAAAGAUGUACCAACAUGUGAUUGAACGGGAAAGAAGAGGAGACUAUCUCGGGAAGACCGUUCAGGUUGUUCCGCAUUUGACCAACGCCAUCCAAGACUGGAUAGAGAGAGUCGCAAGGAUUCCUGUCGACGACUCGGGUGAAGAGCCGGACGUUUGCAUCAUCGAGCUGGGUGGUACGGUCGGUGACAUCGAAAGCGGCCCGUUCAUUGAAGCCAUGCGACAACUUCGAAGAAGAGCCGGGCGGGAUAAUUUCUGCCAGAUUCAUGUGUCAUUGGUGCCAGUCAUUGGAGGCGAACAAAAGACAAAGCCUACACAGGCAGCUAUCAGAGAUGCACGCUCAGCUGGUCUGGCGCCUGACCUGAUCGCAUGCCGCUGCAAGGAUCGUCUUAUUGAUGCCACCGUCAACAAAAUCGCCAUGUUUUGUCAGGUCGAGCCUGCCCAAGUCAUUGGUGUACACGACCUCGACUCAACAUACCAUGUCCCCAUUCUCCUCGAGCAGGAAGGGUUGCUUACCCAACUCCGCGAACUCUUCCGUCUUGACGCCUACCCUAUCUCACCUACGUUGGUCACGAAAGGCCAACAGCUAUGGCAAGACUGGAAGGCUCUGACAACGUCACAGAACCGAUUCCUGGAAUCUGAAACGGUCACCAUUGCCCUGGUGGGCAAGUACACCAAUCUGCACGACUCAUAUUUGUCCGUCAUCAAAUCCCUGGAGCACAGUGCCAUGGCAUGCCACCGCAAACUAAACCUGGUUUGGGUUGAGGCGAGUGAUCUGGAGAAGGGGACCAUGGAAUCGUCGCCGGAGUCAUAUCACAAGGCUUGGCACCAACUUUGCACCGCCGAUGGCGUCCUGGUGCCUGGUGGCUUUGGUCACCGCGGCACAGAAGGCAUGGUCGCCGCUGCGAACUGGGCACGAACAAAGCCCAAACCAUAUCUCGGCAUCUGCCUGGGUAUGCAAAUCGCCGUCAUCGAAUACGCUCGAAACGUGUGCGGUCUUGAGGAGGCACAUUCGGUCGAGUUGGAUGCACGUACCGGCGAUCCCGUGGUUAUCUUCAUGCCGGAGAUCGAUAAGAGUACGAUGGGCGGCAACAUGCGCCUAGGUCUCAGACCGACCCACUUCCAAGAGGGCACCGAGUGGUCGCGCUUGAGAAAACUAUACAACAACGCCCCUACGGUGAACGAGCGGCAUCGCCACCGAUACGAAGUCAACCCCGAAUACAUCGAGCGCUUGUCCGAAGCCGGGAUGACCUUCAUCGGCAAGGAUGACAAAGGUGAGCGAAUGGAGAUUGUCGAGCUCAAAGACCAUCCAUUCUUUGUUGGUGUGCAAUUCCACCCGGAGUACCUGAGCAGGGUUCUUUCGCCGAGUCCUCCAUAUCUGGGCUUCGUGGCCGCGAGUGCAGGUCUGCUGGAACAGGCCACUGCCGCAGUGGCACGCAAAGCCCAGAGAGCCAAUGGAGCCGGCGGCGGCCAUGAUGGCCAUGUCAACAACGUUUUGACCAAUGGGGUGCGCAAAGUCUCCCUUUCUGGAUCGGCCUCUGGGUUCUAG